AUUUCCAUGACUUUGACGUUGAACCUAACCCUAAAAUAUUUAUAUUUAUAUAUUUACAUGAUAUUUAUAAUCCUUUGUAUUUAUAUUUUGUGAUUACGUGUCUAGAAAAAAAUUACAGCAACAAACAAAAUUUAUUGAGCACCGAAUACUUCAACAAGUUAUCAUGACUGAGACGAAAAGAAGACCUCCAGAAGCAAUUCAAAAGAUUCUAAAGUUCGAUAGCUAUGUCACUAACCAAUUUGUUACUCUGGUCAAUAAACACUUGCCUUUCAUGAAGUCAUUGACCAUGCACUAUCAAGCACUUGAGAUUUCUUGCCAUGGAAUACCAUGGUUUGCCUUUUGGAUAGCAUUCACAUGGCUUUUCAAUAAUUCUCAUCUAGUUCAAAUGCAAGUUAAUAUGCUUUUAGCAUUGAUGAAAGUAUUCUCCAAGAAAAUGCCGAACCUUAUGCUGUAUUUGAACGUUCACAUGCAAUUUCCAUCGCCACAGCUAUGAUGCCACGUAAAAUCGAACUGAUUCCCUUAGAAGUAAUAAACACCGACUCCAUUUCCUUUUAAAGAUAACUGUUUAUUCUUAAAAUAAUAUUAACCCUCCAACAAAAGAUUACCUUUCAACAAUAAAAUGCGCAUGCGGCAACAGUCCGAGUGGUGUCAAUGUUGGCACGUAAACCCGGUGGACGACAGUUAUAUACAGGGUGACUCAGAAGUCGACGUCAAGCCGGAAACGGAGAAUAGGCCAGUCAUAUUAGUUAUCUAAGCAAAUAUAAGAAAAAACUAAGAUAUGUAUUUUUCAAAUUAUAAUCUUUGAAAAAAUCGGAAAAAUCUAUACCAUGUGAUGAAAAAGUACUCGACUUAGGUUUUUUUAUAUUUUUUGGACAACUAUUAUGACUUAGCCUUUCAGGCUUGACGUCGAUUUCUGGGACACCCUGUAUAGUUGUAUGCGUAAGCAUGGUGACGCCAUGGUACGUAUGCUUAUUUUCGCGCAGCUACGGCUUCUAGUUGGGUUGGGUAUCUUCUGGUGGAUUAUGUUAAUCGGUGGUAUCAAUUACAAGUCUUUCGUUUUACAGGACUUACCAUCGACAUAAUCUUCGUAGCAGUAGCCAAAGCGUAUUUCCGCCGGAAGCGGCCAGUUGCAAACACCAACGACCCUUUGGGCCAAAUGGGUCCAGAUGUAUUCAGCUUUCCAUCUGGCCACUCCAGCAGAGCAGUAUUUAUCGCCUACUUUUUCAUGGUACUCUGGCCCCUCCAUUUUUUAUGUUACCCACCCAUUUUGGCGUGGGUCACAUCCAUCUGCUUGAGUAGAAUUCUGAUGGGCAGGCAUUACAUUCUGGAUGUCAUUGCUGGUGUGUUUCUAGGGUUGUUCGAUGGACUGCUUUUGGGGUGGUUGUGGAUAGGGAAAGAUACAGCCUUAUGGAUGAUAAACUAUAUCUCCGAUGAUAAGUUGGACGGCGGAGAAUAUCAUGUUUGAAUUGUAUCAAAUGUCAACUAAGAACUGGUUUGCUAGAAAAUGAAUGUUUUGACGCAUAUGAGGCAUGAAGCAGAAAUAUGUUUUUGAAAAUAUAUGAUGAUCAUCAACCUACGAGGACCAUUUUUUAUUCAGAAACUGAUUGCACAUCCUGCCCGUGAAUCAUAUCACGUGACGUCCGUUCAGCCUCAGACAGUCUUUCACUAUACCGCGAUUACGUUUCACGUCUGUCGGCGUUGGUUGCGUAGGUAUACUGCUUUAUUUGUCGCUAUGCCACUCAGUAAAUCCUCCGAUUGUGAAGUGCGCUCAGUAAUUUCAUUUUUAAACGCAAAAAAGUUCGCCCUGUGGAACAUUGUUGAAUCUGAUCUCUGACGGCGUCAUUCUGCUUCACGGCAAUGCGCAGCCUCACGUUGCGGCAAGAAGACAGACUUGAUAAGUUUCGUCGAGAAUACGGGAUCAUUCACCAUACAGCACUAACUUCGCGCUAUCAGACAUUCUACUUGAUGAAAAGCGCUUAGCACGUUGAGAAAAACAGUUACGAACUGAUUUAACAGUCAGCCAGCGCUCAUAAAGUUUCUCAGACUCCAUUACAACACGGUUCUCACUUGAAAAAUGGCCCUCGUAUUUGUGUGUACAGUGUUAAGUAAUGAUAUGUAAAUACUUAUUAUUUCACUAUACUUAUAUAACUGUAAGUUUAUUAUUAAUAAAUUGAAAUUACAUUGCGAUUAUAA